AUGAUGAUGCCUGCACGAGAAACAAUCAAGAAGAAACCCCCCAAAGACAGCUUAACGUUAUUACCAUGCUUCUAUUUUGUAGAGCUGCCCAUUGUGGCUUCCUCCAUGGUUUCUCUGUACUUUCUGGAGUUGACGGAUGUCCUGCAGCCCGCUCAGGUGGGCUUUCGCUGUCACGAUCGCUCGCUCAGCAUGCCCUAUGUGGAGAGCGGAGAGGAACUCAUACCCUUGCUCAUGCUGCUCAGUCUCGCCUUCGCUGGACCCGCUGCCUCUAUUAUGAUUGGAGAGGGGAUUGUUUACUGCAUGCAGUCCAGACUUAAGAUUGGACCUGGGAAUGAGGGGAGCAUCAAUGCUGGAGGAUGUAAUUUUAACUCCUUCUUGCGCAGAACUGUGCGUUUUGUGGGUGUUCACGUCUUUGGUCUCUGUGCCACGGCGCUCGUUACUGAUGUCAUUCAAAUUGCCACUGGCUACCAUACGCCGUUCUUUCUAACUGUGUGCAAACCCAAUUACACCGUCCCUGGAGUGAUCUGUGAGAAAAACCCCUACAUCACCAAAGAUAUCUGCUCCGGGCAAGACUACCACGCCAUUCUCUCAGCCAGGAAAACCUUUCCCUCCCAGCAUGCAACUCUUUCUUCCUUUGCUGCUGUUUAUAUUUCAAUGUACUUCAACUCCACAAUCUCAGACAGCACCAAGCUGCUGAAGCCCGUCCUGGUGUUCGCCUUUGCCAUAGCAGCUGCUCUGACCGGGCUUACUCAGGUCACACAGUACCGCAGCCACCCCAUUGAUGUCUACGUAGGUUUCUGCAUUGGUGCUGGUAUUGCAGUGUACCUGGCAUUUUACGCAGUUGCCAACUUCAAACCAGCUCAGGAUACCAUUGUUCUUCCUCCUGCUCCUCCUCAGAAGGAUGCUCUGAGAGCUCUGGCCCAACGAGGCCAUGAUUCAGUUUACAACAAAGGCCAUGCUUCAGAGAGCAAUGAAGAGAUCACAGCUCCUUCCUCUCUAGAUGGACUGAACCGGCCUAUCCAGCGCGAGAAGGCAUCCUUAGGCAGCCUGAAACGAGCCAGCGUAGACGUGGAGCUACUUGCACCCCGCAGCCCCAUGGGAAAGGAAACCAUGGUGACUUUCAGUAACACUUUACCACGCGCCACUGCAGGUCCCGAGGAACCCAUGAGGCGCCUGGUGACUGUGCCCAUGCCUGUGGAUCCUAUGCAUUCGCAGCAGCUGGUCUCUGAAUGGAAGCAGAAGUCGUUAGAGAUGCGCAGUGCCAGUCUGCCCAGUGAAGAGGGCAGUAAAGAGGGCUCCGAUACAGGCGAUGACACCACUACUGAAGACGACAGUGCACCGUCAUCCCUGUACGGUGGCACUAUGCCACAGCCUGUCAAGCCACCCAAUCCAACUGCUGCAAAGGUGGUGUUGCCUCCCAGGCCUCCAAGUCAGCCCUCGGUCCCUCCACCAGUGUCACCGAAGAGUGCCAGCACACGUGCAAAGUGGUUGUCCAUCACUGAAAAGAGUGGCGCCAAUGUUUCAGCUUCUCUAAAGGCAACAAACCAGCCCCGUCUCAUGCAGGUUAUUGCCAUGUCUAAACAGCAGGGUCUCUUGUCAAGUACAUCCAAAUCCUCCGAUUCCUCAUCCUCUCCUGCCACGUCAUCUGUCGCAGGCACAGAGUCACCCCCCUACCGUCCUCCAUCUGAGCACAACAGCAGCUCUGGCAUUGUCACAGUGGAUGCCCACGCCACCCAUCACCCAGUAGUCCACAUGCUGUCCAACCCUGUCAAUCCCUGGGAGUGGAGAGGAACCUCCAAUGGGAACAUGACCGAGUCAUGUGAACUCAACGACCUAAAUCGCGAGGGCUCCAGAGGUUAUCGCCAGGUCAAGAACAGCUCACGGUGCUUUUCAACCAGUGACCUCGAUUCUCAUCAACCCGCUCACCACCCUUUCCCCCCUCAACUUCCACUACCCCCUCAGCUUCCCAAGCUGGAUCAAACCAUGGAGGGACGCACUCUGCGCUGCAAGACCCCUUUAGUGCUUGUCGAUCGGGAUACCUCUCUGAACCAGCAGGAGAACUUCUAUAAAAAGCUCCAGAGUGGGCGUCGUUUCAGAGAGUGAUGAGGCAAAACAGCUAUUGGCAC